GAAGUUCAAAAUUCACCCUAAGCCGAUACAGUCUACAGCUUUCGCAUUUCAUCUCAGCUUCACCUCACCUUCAUCCACCUAGUGUGUGUAUUUGUACUCUUUCUCUCCCCUACGACUAUCUUAAGCCAAGCACCUUCACCAUGCCCUUCCAUUGCUUCUCGAAGAAGUCGACGGCUGUCAAGGACGGCGGCGCGGAAGACAAGUCGGCUGCCAAAACGGCCGCCAAGUCAAACGCCUCUGGCAAUGGUGCCGCGAAGCAGUACAUUGACGAAAUCUCGAAGCGCCGCAGCAUCUACAACCUCGGUAACAAGUUGCCGCGGAGCCAGAAGUCGGUCACCAACAUUAUUGAGUCCACGAUCCGUCAGUGUCCCUCGUCCUUCAACGUGCAGAGCUCGCGCGCGGUCAUCUUGUACGGCAACAGCCACAAGAAGGUGUGGGACAUCGUGAAGGCGGCGCUGAAGAAGGUCACGAGCGCGGAGCAGUACGCGGCGAGCGAGGCGAAGGUGAACGGGUGCUUCCUCGCGGGUGCGGGCACCGUGUUGUUUUAUGAGGACACCGAAGCCAUCAAGGGCCAACAAAAGGCCUACCCCCUCUACGCGGACAACUUCCCUGUGUGGUCGCAGCACUCAUCCGCGAUUGCUCAGUUUGCUGUGUGGACGGCGCUGGCGCAGGACGGCAUCGGUGCCUCUCUGCAGCACUACAACCAGUUGAUUGAGGCUGACCUCCGCCAGGCCUUCGACAUUCCGGAGCACUGGAGUCUGAUCGCGCAGAUGCCGUUCGGUUCGAUUGAGAAGCCGGCGGAUCCGAAGACGUACAUGGAAGAUGACAAGCGCUUCAUGGUGCUCGAUGAUUAG